AUGUCACGAACUACUUUCCAGGAUAUUUUGACAGAAUUUGGGGAAAGUGUAGAUGUUAGACAUCGUGGAGAACAGAACGAAGUUCCCUUUUCUCUCAAAUUCCUAGUAACCAUAUGGUGGCUAGGGAAUCAGGAAACUUUCCGCCAAAUUGCUGAUAGGUUUGGAACUACCAGAGGGAUGAUUGACACAACGGAGAUAUUAAUAAAACAACCUUUAAGGCAUUUGGCAGCCUAUACCAAUCGGAAAUCCACGACAUCAGUAAAAAUACAGGGUGUAUGUGACUCUAGGAAAUGUUUCUUGGACAUAAGUGCAGGCUGGCCUGGUUCUAUGCACGCUGCCAGGAUUUAUGGCAUGUCAUCACUUUCUGGUGCUAUAAAUGAAAAAUUAGCUGGCACAAAUUUCUACAUACUAGGAGACUCUGCAUAUCCCCUGAGUGCACGACUGAUGAAACCAUACAGAAAUGAUGGUUUCCUAAACCAGGCACAGAUCAACUACAACAACCAGCAUAGCCAGCAACGAUCUACAAUUGAAUGUACGUUCGCGUUGCUUAAGGGGAAAUGGCGGAAACUUAAAUAUUUAGACGUUACCAAUUUGUCUAUUAUUCCCCAUAUUCUUGUUGCCACUUGUGUAUUGCACAAUUAUGUGGUGGAUGUUGAAGGUGAUGAAUGGUACGAUGACGAUUUUGAUAAUAACAGUGACGACGAAUUUCAAUUUAAUGAAAACGUGUCUGAUGAAGAUGAGGAAGAUAUCGCUACAGCAUUACGAAAUAGAAUUGGGGCCUCUUUAUAA